AUGCAAUCUUAUCCUAAUUUGCUUUCUCCGGAUUUGGUUGACAGUUUUCCCUUUUUCGUCAACCAUUUUCACAAUUUCGUGCACAUUCCUCUUAAUCCUUACAUACACAUUCCCUCCUUUUCGUGGGCAGGUCCUCGUCACGGCCGCUUUGGGGCUAGAGGCCACGCCAUUUCUGGGGCCACGACGACUGGUGGGUCAAUCGGGACUGCGAACACGACUACCACCUACGAAAGUUCCUCCUCCCUGCUUAGCUCUGAUGUCGAUUCGACAACCUUUUUUGAUUCGGAAGACGAAUCAAGCCGGUGA